AUGUUAUCCACACCCCGGCUUGCUACUUCCAAGAAUCUCUUGGGCCUGGCCUCGCGCCAGCUUUUCAAGGCUGCCUCGGUUGCACCAGCCAGAGGUUUCUCUACUACGCCCUCUUCAGAAAUGCAAAAGGAUGUUACCCUGUUACAGGACAAGGCCAAUGGCUUUGGCUUUGCCCGCUCGAACCCUCGUCCCGCUAAACCGAGAAGCACUGGUGUUACGGAAAUCAGAGGACCAUACUACUCGGUGAUGGGCAAGCGUUAUCUGGCCGAUGUUCUAGAGACGAUGGGUACACACGUUGAUGGUCUGAAGUUUGCAGGAGGCUCUUUCUCGCUCUUCCAGGAGAAGCCAUUGCGGGAAUUGAUUGACCUGGCUCACCAGUAUGGUGUUUACGUCUCAACCGGUGGAUGGGCCGAGCACCUCCUCACACACCCAGAUGCCAACUCGGUCUUUGACAAGUACCUUACCAAGUGCAAGGACUUGGGCUUUGACGUGAUUGAACUCUCAUCCGGCUUCCUUUCCUUCCCCGACGACGACUGGCUCCGCCUCGUUGACAAGGUCCACUCAUACAAACUCAAAGCGAAACCCGAACUAGGCAUCCAAUUCGGUGCCGGCGGUGACACCCCAGCCUCCGGCCUGGAAGCUAUCGGCACCUCUGACCCCGGCAAGCUCGUAAACCUCGGCCACAAGUUCCUCAAUGCAGGCGUUGAGCGCUUAAUGAUCGAGUCCGAGGGUAUCACCGAGAACGUGGACUCCUGGCGCACCGACGUCGUCUCCCGCAUCAUGAAGGAACUCCCUCAAGAGCGCGUUAUGUUCGAGGCUGCUGACCCUAAAGUAUACAACUGGUACAUUCGGGAGUUUGGUAUUGACGUCAACCUCUUCGUGGACCAUAGCCAGAUUGUGCAGCUUUCUUGCCUACGUCAUGGUAUCUGGGGUACUGCUGAUACUUGGGGCAAAAUUGUUUCGUUCCGGCCGGAGUAA